GUUGUCAGCUGCCUGAGUGGGUGACGCACGGUGAGGUUUCCUCUAUCCAUGACCUUCAGGAUUUGCUGUUCUUCGCGUCCUCCAGCAUUCUGUUUGUCCCUCCUUCAAUCAACCUGGACUCGUCCAAACCUGCCUGUUUGUCAUGUGUCUGCUUCGCCGCGUUCUGCCCUUCUGUAAUGAGGGUUAGUUCAUUGACUCACGCGCUGCAUGCAUGAAUGUGUAUAUGUGUAGUAGCCGCCUGAAGCGGAGUCUUCAGCCGUUCUUUCUUUCCGCCACUCUGUCGCCUUCGUUGAUUCUCCUUGCGUAAUCGAAAGGCUUAAGCCUAACUCGAGUGGUACGUCAGAAAGCUCUGAGUUUUUCUCACUUUAUUUUUGAAGGUUAAAAGAAAAAAAACUUGUUAUUUUUAUUUCUCUACCAUCAUCAUAUCACGAACGGACUCGUAAAAAUCGUGGAAAGUUAUGAAUUUAGCAGCUUUUGUAGAAGAUAUUUAAUUCCUGGUGAAAUCGUUACGAAAAGGCUUCCUUUCUUUGUGGAUUUUUUUAGCGUUCAGUGAUUUUGCCAAGCAUUCCGUUUACUUAUAAAUAACGAAGAUGGAGAUAUAUGGUACGCCUUAGGCCAGUAUGUGUGUCAGGAAAAAAAUGAUCGUAAUAUUACCAUUAAUACAGUGAGAUCAAAGCGUAGAGAUAAUGAAAUAAAGCAAAGGAAACUGUUCCGUCAUAAUAUUUCUUGUAAAUAUAGAUUUAAAAAAAAAAAGACAGACAGUGUCCUGGCUGUUGAAAGUUGAAGGCUGUAUCACUGUCAGUUUAUGUGUGUGGUUUGUUUUAGCUAACGCCAGUAACAAUGAGCAACGUAAAAGCUCUUUCUGCCGGCCAUAUUGGCACUGGCAGUGCGUUUUAUGUUGAACUGAGAACCCCCCACGAAGGGAGUACAUCUUAUAAACGACAGGCAAGGCCUGUAAGUCCUCCAGUGGCUUUUACAUCUAGUUACUCUUUUCCACAAGAUCCCACAUGCAGCUCCUAUCCCCAGACAGCAGCUCCUCACACCCCAGUCUCUCUGUAUGCUCCAGCCCAGCUCUACAGAGAUGCUUCUUAUAAUGCAGAAUUUGAAUGCCUUAGAAAAGCGGAGCACCACAUUCAACAUCAUCAAGGACAGAACCAAGUGAGACGUAGGCUAACACUUCUUCCUGCUGCUGAUGUUAAUAUCAUUCAUGAAAGAUUUGACAGAGAAAGGUACCUUGAAGCUUAUAGGUAUUCCAAUGAACGAGACGCCGCCAUGCCAGUAACGUCUGUAGUUCCUUCCGCAGCCCUCCUGCAAACCGUUCACAAUCAUGCAGUGGCCCCAGUGACAGUUCCAGUAAACAGCGUACCAUCGGGGAUGGACAUGUAUCAGGUGUCGAAACGUCCGCGGCUUGCGGUGGAACACAAGACGUCAUUGUACCAACCUCUUGUUAUAGACACGAGAGAUGUCUCUGAAAUCAGAAAGGUACAUCAGCCGAUUCAAUUAGGCUUUCCUUUAUACCUUAUCCU